ACACAUCCGUCGUUACCAUGGUUACAAGAAUCGUGUUUCUGCUGCUGGCGCUGUGCUGCGGGAUAUCAGAGUCCGGUGGCGGCGGCCCAUAUCCUAGCAUGGGACAAGGAACGGUUGGUCAAGCCCCAUUUCCAAAACAGUUCGGCAUGGGUCAGCAACAAUUUUCUAAUCAGCUAGACAUUGGAAAAACACAAUUUCAAAACAACAUCGGCCAAGCUCAAAUAUUUGCUGGCAAACGACCUCUCGAAAUCCCAGUGCAAUUUCAAAAACAGAACGACAUCGGCCAAGUGCCAAUAUUUUCUGGAAAGCGACCCCUCGAAAUGUCAGCAAUAUUUAAAGAAGAGAUGGACAUUGGCCAAAUGCCGAUUUUUGCUGGCAAAAGACCUCUGGAAAUGCCAGUGCAAUUUCAACAAAAUAUGGACUUUGGCAAAAUGCCAAUAUUUGCUGGAAAGCGACCUCUGGAAAUGCCAGCACAAUUUCAACAACAGAUGGGCGUUGGUCAGACGUCUACAUUUGUCGGAAAGCGAUUCAAGGACAUGCCAGCACCACCUUCUGCGCUAUAUAACGAGGUGAACCUAAUGCCCUGGGCUCAGUUUUCGGGAGAGAUGCAAACGAAGUUCCCUCACUAUCGGAACUUUGUGCCUCGCCCACAGGUCGGAUUGCAUGGAAUGGGAUAUCCAUUUUGGAAUGGCGUUCAAGGAAGAGCCCAACAAUGGAACGGCGGACAGGUGAACGGUGCACAAUGGUUUCCCGGACAAGUUAACGGUGCACAAUGGAAUGGUGGACAAGUGAAUGGUGCACGAUGGAAUGGCGGCAAUGUGCCAGGGGCCGACCGUGCUGGCUUGGGCGCUGUCGAUAAUCAGGGUCGAUGGAGGCAGCUGCCAGCGGACAAUCUUCUGGUUGACGUCAUGACACCGAACCGAGUACCCCCCGUCGAUUACAACAACAUUAACACGAACAACGCUGUAGUUAGUCCAAACUUCAGACAGCAAAUGGACAGCAAGAGGUCAGGUUUCGAUGACGUCAAUGGCAUGUUCGUUGUCCCGCUUGAGAGGCAACGGGGUGGCUUCGUGCCGGAGGCUACCAAACCAGGGACCGUGGAGUUUGUUGACAACACGAAGAAAGACGCGAAAAAGGAUGAAAAGUCUGUGCCAACAAACGUGGAUGUUGUGCAACAUGCCCCUCUAGUUCAGCAAGGUUUCGGUGGUUACCCCUCUAGGCCACUUAAGAAGUAGGAGCUGACAGCGAGCAUGCGCAGUGAUGGCUGAACUGUUACGCAUGCGUAGACCAAAUCCUCCGACGUGCCACAUCUUCUUUGCAUAAUAUGUGUUUGAUUGUUAGGUUUAGCCUUUUACAAAUGAUGUGUAUCAUAUAAAUAUUCAAUAUACUUGUUGUUUUUUACAUUGAGAAUCAAUAAACGAAAUAAUUUCGCGGACACUCAUCAACAGCUUCUUAACUCCCAAUAGAUUUACUGCCAUCAAAAUAAACGGUCGGAAAUAUUAGUUUACAAUCAAGAAUAUUGUAAUCGAUGGGAAAAACAACAUUGCCAAAUAUCUCCAUUCACUAUCAAUAAACGUAUCGCUUGCAUUUAUCUAUUUAAAAC